AUGCAGUGCAGCUGCAGCUCUGCAGCAGGACACCUUUCAUCGCCUUACUGGAGUCGAACAGUGCUCUUCCCAGACUGGGCCUACAAACCAGCCUGGUCGCCCGGCUCCAGACAGGUGCAGCUGUGGCACUUCCUGCUGGAGCUGCUGGGACGUGGCGAGGGCGGGGCCAUCGGCUGGGGAGGGGAGUGGGGCGAGUUCGUCAUCCGGGACCCGGAGAGGCUGGCCAGACUGUGGGGAGAGAGGAAGGGCAAGCCACACAUGAACUACGACAAGCUCAGCCGGGCGCUCAGAUACUACUACAACAAGCGCAUCCUGCACAAGACCAAAGGGAAAAGAUUCACCUACAAGUUCAACUUCAGCAAACUCAUUCUGGUCAACUACCCAGGAUACCCACCACCACCACCACCACCACCACCACCGCCCAGCCAUCAGCUCGUGCAGAGCGGCUCUCUCCCCUUCCCUCUCCUCCCCGCUGAGGCCGCUCUUCCUCUGUGUGGAGGAGCAGGCUCGCUGAUGGACAGAGCUGUCCAGCCUGUGCCUCACCCCUUCUUGCUCCCCUGCUGCCUCCCUAAGCCCAUCCCGACGCCCCGGGCUCUCCACGCCCACUUCCCCUUCAUGUCCGGCCCUGCGUGUCCGGGGGCCAACCUGCGGGAGUCAGGCCUCCCACCUCUCUCCUCAGCCCUCCACGCCAGCCCCAACGGCUGGCCACACAAGAGCCCUGCAGGGUGGGGUCUGAACCACAUCAGUCGAAGCCUGUUCGGCGGCGUCAAGCAGACUGAAAUUCAAGGAGAGGAGAGGAAAGCGGGGAAUGUCACACAGAUGGGGGAGAGAGAGUGAGGGAGAGGAACAAAAUACAACAGAUGGACUGCUUUUCCUCCUCAAACACACUCACUUUUUGUGUGUGCUUUUAGCUCAUUGUACAGUAGUUUAUUAUUCAUUUUAUUUAUUUACAUGAACCAUGAUGUAUGUGGGUGUUUUUUCAAUAAAAAUAGUGAGGAUGCCACUUUUCUUCUGUCAGCACUUCAGGCCACAGUCGGGGUAUUGCACUUGUAAACAAUUAACAACUAGCGUUUG